CUCUCUUCUCAGACACGAGCACGACCGUAGGCGAAAACUCGUAAAAAUUUUUUUAUAAAAAAAUUAAAAAAAAAAAUCGUAUUCGUAUUCCUUUAAAUAGAGCGUGAUCUCAGAGUCAGUUAGUCAAUACCAACUUCUUUUUUUGUGACCUAGCAGACAGCGUAAAAUUUUCUCGGUAAAAUAUCGCCGAGAAACACUGAGAAAAAACAAAGGAGCAUAGGUGGACUAUACUAGAGUAGACACUGUGCUCCUGGUUUUUUCUUUUUUUUCUCCUAUCAGUUUUUUUUUUUUUUUGAUUUGGUUUUUAGUGCAUAGAAUGUGGAAUAUUGCGCGAUUCGCCGCGUCGAAUCUGAGCCGAUCGAGGCGCUUCUCGACGGCGAUUCCUGGUCCUUGUAUCGUUCACAAGCGUGGUGCUGAUAUUCUCCACGAUCCCUGGUUUAACAAGGAUACUGGAUUCCCUUUGACUGAAAGGGAUCGUCUAGGGCUUCGUGGCCUCCUCCCACCUCGCGUGAUAUCAUUUGAGCAGCAAUAUGCUCGUUUCAUGGAGUCAUAUCGGUCUUUAGAGAAAAAUACUCGGGGCCAAUCAGAUGGCAUUGUUUCCUUGGCAAAAUGGAGGAUCUUGAAUAGACUUCAUGACAGGAAUGAGACUUUAUAUUACCGAGUCCUUAUUGAUAACAUCAAAAAUUUCGCUCCAGUAAUAUAUACUCCAACAGUAGGAUUAGUAUGUCAGAAUUACUCAGGGUUAUUUAGACGCCCGCGUGGAAUGUAUUUCAGUGCGAAAGAUAAGGGGGAGAUGAUGUCCAUGAUCUAUAAUUGGCCAGCUCAUCAGGUAGACAUGAUAGUCCUGACAGAUGGCAGUCGUAUCCUUGGCUUAGGUGACCUUGGAGUUCAGGGAAUUGGAAUUCCUAUUGGAAAACUUGAUAUGUAUGUUGCUGCUGCUGGUAUCAACCCACAGAAAAUACUCCCGGUUAUGCUUGAUGUUGGUACUAAUAAUCAAAAGCUACUUGAAGAUCCUCUUUAUUUAGGACUUAGACAACCUAGGUUGGAAGGAGAAGAGUAUCUUUCAAUUGUUGAUGAAUUCAUGGAAGCUGUUUUCACACGUUGGCCCAAGGCUAUUGUACAGUUUGAGGACUUUCAAAUGAAAUGGGCUUUUGAAACUCUGCAACGGUAUCGUAAAAGGUUUUGCAUGUUUAAUGAUGACAUACAGGGGACUGCUGGUGUUGCACUUGCAGGACUUUUAGGAUCUGUGAGAGCCCAAGGUCGACCAUUGUCUGAUUUUGUGCACCAAAAGAUAGUUGUGGUUGGAGCUGGGAGUGCAGGGCUAGGUGUUCUUAACAUGGCUGCACAAGCUGUUUCUAGAAUGUCAGGAAACGGCGAAGCAGCAGUGAAAAAACAGUUUUUCCUUCUUGAUAAAGAUGGCCUCGUCACAAAAGAGAGGAAGGAACUUGAUCCUUCAGCAGCACCAUUUGCUAAAGACCCUAGAGAGAUUGAGGGACUUAGGGAGGGAGCUGGCCUAGUUGAAGUGGUUAAAAAGGUCAAGCCCCAUGUGCUUCUUGGUUUGUCUGGAGUUGGUGGUGUCUUCAGUGUGGAGGUGCUUAAGGCAAUGCGAGAAUCUGAUUCAAGUAAACCUGCCAUUUUUGCUAUGUCAAAUCCCACCAUGAAUGCUGAAUGCACUGCUGCUGAUGCUUUUAGGCAUGCUGGAGAAAAUAUAGUCUUUGCAAGUGGCAGCCCUUUUGAAAAUGUUGUUCUAGGGAAUGGAAAAGUAGGCCAUGUAAAUCAAGCAAAUAACAUGUACCUGUUUCCUGGGAUUGGUUUGGGAACUCUUCUCUCAGGUGCCCGGUUUAUAACAGAUGGAAUGUUGCAAGCAGCUGCUGAAUGCCUCGCUUCUUACAUGACCGAUGAAGACAUUCAAAAUGGAAUCUUGUAUCCAUCUAUCAAUAGCAUUCGAAAUAUCACGGCAGAGGUUGGAGCUGCUGUUCUGCGUGCAGCUGUUGCAGAAGAGCUGGCAGAAGGACACUGUGAUGUGGGGCCUAAAGAGCUCAAGAACAUGUCCAAAGAGAUGACAGUGGAAUAUGUCCGAAGCAAUAUGUGGUUCCCUGUUUACAGUCCUCUUGUUCAUGAGAAAUAAGGGUCCUCUCCUUAUUUGACUGUUAGAGGGUGUUCCUGCGUCUUACAUAUAAAAGUCUGCAGCCAAACAUUGUAUCUGGGUUUCUUUUCCUGAAAUCAUAUUUGCAAGCUUAGAGAAAUAGAAGGGAAAAGGAUGGAAACAGGAAUGAAACCCCUCACAAUACUGAACCCCAUUAGCUUGAUUUUUGUAUGCAGUAACAUAACUUUUUUUUUUUUUUUUUUUUGAGAAACUUAAAUGUGUAUGACUUUUUUGUUCUAUUUAGGAGAUAUUGUUACAAAACAUCAUUUGUUUUUUUUGGCUU